AUGGCGUCCCUUCGCCUGCGAAUCGAUGGCGCUAGGUUCAAAGAUCCUCAGAAUCGUGAGAUUACAUUAAGAGGAAUCAACGUGGCAGGAGAAGCCAAAUAUCCAAAGUCUCCCAAUGUUCCCUCGAACGUCGCUGAUAAUUUUUUUGACGCCGACAACGUCUCAUUUGUCGGACGGCCGUUCUCACUUGACGAAGCACAUACACACUUUUCCAGGCUGUGGAAACUCGGUUAUAAUACUAUAAGGUACAUGUUUACUUGGGAGGCCAUUGAACACGAAGGACCUGGUAAAUAUGAUGACGAGUGGAUAUCCUUCACUAUAGAAGUGCUUAGAAUUGCGAAGCAAUAUCAGUUCUACGUGUUCAUGGAUCCGCACCAGGAUGUGUGGUCAAGGCUUUCUGGAGGUUCUGGCGCACCAGCGUGGACUCUUUACGCUGCGGGUCUGGACCCUAGAGGAUUUAAAAAAACUCAGGCUGCCUUGGUGCAGAACACUUGGGAUGACCCUGCCAAAUUUCCGAAAAUGAUCUGGGCUACGAAUUAUACAAGACUGGUUUGCCAGACGAUGUUCACGCUCUUCUGGGCAGGGCGAGAUUUCGCACCCAAGGCAAUCAUAGACGGCAUGAAUAUUCAGGACUACCUUCAGAGUCACUAUAUCUCUGCUUGUAGAUACUUCGCGCAGAAGAUCCACGAUGCUGGUGAUCUUGAAAACGAUGUGGUUAUCGGAUGGGAAAGCCUUAACGAACCUCAACGGGGGCUGAUUGGCUACCAAGACAUAUCCGUCAUACCUCCAGAACAACAGCUCCAGUUAGGAACGUCGCCGACUGCUUUUCAAGCUAUGCUCACCGGUUCAGGUCGUGCUUGUGAAGAGCCAAUAUGGGGAUUUGGAGGGUUCGGUCCUUAUCAGAGCGGCCGGGAACUUGUGGACCCCGAGGGCGAGACCGCUUGGCUGCCAGUUACCUAUGAUGACACCAAGUAUGGCUGGACGAGGGACCCCAACUGGAAGUUGGGCGAAUGCUUGUGGGCUCAGCAUGGGGUCUGGGAUCCUGCGACAGACGAGCUCUUACAGAAAGACUACUUUGCGAAGAAACCCCGAACUGGCGAGCCACUAGAUUACGACAAGUUCACUAACACCUAUUUUUUAGAGCACUAUAGAGCCUAUACAGAAGCUAUCAGGAGUGUAUGGCCCGGUGCUAUCAUGCUUUGCCAACCUCCAGUCAUGGAGAUUCCGCCUGACAUCAAAGGGUCAAAUGAUGAUGAUCCGAACAUGGUUCAUGCCGUUCACUAUUAUGACGGCCUCACACUCAUGUCAAAGCAUUGGAAUCGUCUCUAUAACGUGGAUGUGAUAGGCGUCCUCCGUGGGAAAUACCUCACGCCAGCUUUUGGCGUGAAAAUAGGAGAGACGGCAAUCCGAAACUGCUUGCGCGAUCAGCUUAAAUUUCUGAGAGACGAGAGCUUUAGGUACAUGGGGAACCACCCGCUGAUAUUCACCGAGACUGGGAUACCCUACGACAUGGAUGACAAAUACGCCUAUAAAACUGGUGAUUACAGCAGCCAGAUCAGCGCUAUGGAUGCAUGCCACUACGCGCUAGAAGGAAGUUCCUCCAAUGGCUUCACUUUGUGGGUUUAUACGGCAAAGCUCCUUCAGAAUGAUCAUGAGUGGGGCGACCAGUGGAAUGGAGAAGAUUUGUCUAUAUAUUCGGUCGACGACCUAGAGCUUCCGAGCGGCAAGUUCUUGGAUCACGGAUCCGCUAGCCGGUUAGACCACCAAUCCCCUUCAUACUCGUCCAGCCACAGCCACAACAGCAACCAACAGAUAAGCCCUAGGAACUUGAAAGAUGCGAUCAAGACACCUUCUAUAUCGUCACAAGUAUCUCAGCUAGAUGAGGACAGAUUGGGAUACCGUGCUGCAGAGGCUUACCUUCGACCUAGCCCUAUCGUCACUAAUGGGUUAGUAUCCGAGUAUGUGUUCGAUCUGCGGAACUGUAGCUUCUCUAUGUCACUUGUUGGGAAUAGAGCGAUAUCGGGACAGGAUACCCCGACGGAGAUCUUCCUCCCGGAAUUUCAUUUCCCGGAAACCCAUACCGAAGUGAAUAUCAGCUCGGGGGAGUGGUUGAUUGACCACGUAGAACUCAGGGAUGUCGGUGUCCAGCGGCUCCGGUGGUGGCAUCCCGAGGGUGAUCAGAGUAUUAAGAUCCUGGGUGUCAAGCGCAAAGGUGGUGCUUUAGCAGCCCCAUCGGCGGAGGACGUUAGCUACCUUGAGCAGUGUCAGACGGGAGGAUGCAUCGUGAUGUAG